AAGGGAGAAACAACCUUUGUCCUCUGUUGGCUCGAAGUUGUCAUCAAAGCUUCGAUGAAACCCUAAUUUAUAGCACCCACCCUAUAAACGAAGAGAAUUCACAUCCGAUUUCUGUAAAAGUCCUUCAAUUGAUUCCAUUUAUCCCUGAUAUUUUGCAGUUAUUUUUCCAGCCAUGGACGCUCAGAGAGCUUUGUUGGAUGAACUAAUGGGCUCAGCUCGGAAUUUAACUGAAGACGAGAGGAGAGGGUUCAAGGAAGUUAAAUGGGACGACAGGGAAGUUUGUGCAUUCUAUAUGGUUCGAUUUUGCCCCCACGAUCUCUUCGUGAAUACUAAGAGCGAUUUAGGAGCAUGCACGAAAAUUCACGACGCAAAGUUGAAGGAAAGUUUUGAGAACUCUCCAAGACACGAUUCUUAUGUUCCCAAGUUUGAAGCAGAACUAGCCCAUUACUGUGAGAAGUUGGUGAUGGACUUGGAUAGGAAAGUUAAGCGUGGUCGGGAACGCCUUGCUCAGGAGGUUGAAGCUCCCGCACCUCCUCCAAUAUCAGCAGAAAAAUCUGAGCAAUUAUCUGUUUUGGAGGAGAAGAUUAAAAUCUUGCUAGAACAGGUGGAGUCUCUUGGUGAAGCUGGGAAAGUUGAUGAAGCUGAAGCUCUCAUGAGAAAGGUGGAAAUGCUAAACGUUGAAAAGACAGCCUUAACUCAGCAAUCCCAGCAUAACAGUGCACUAAUGAUUGCACAAGAGAAAAAGAUGGCUUUGUGUGAGACAUGUGGUUCCUUUCUUGUAGCAAAUGAUGCUGCAGAGAGGACUCAGUCUCAUGUCACUGGCAAGCAACAUGUUGGCUAUGGGAUGGUUCGAGAUUUCUUGUCCGAGUACAAGGAUGCUAAAGAGAAGGCAAGGGAAGAGGAAAGAUUAGCCAGGGAGAAAGAAGCAGAAGAAAGGAAAAAGCUGAGGGAGAAAGAAUAUGACAGCAGACGACGAAGAAGUGACUCAUCUGACAGGGACAAGUAUAAAGAUCGAGACAAUGACAGGGAAGGGGAUCGCUACCGUGGAAGAGAUCGUGAUCGUGACAGGUCCAUUGACAGAAAUGGCAGAGGAAGCCGUGAUUUCGAAAGGGCUUCAGGUUGGAAACAUGGGAAUUCCAGAAAUGGGAGAAACAGAAGCAGGGAGAGAUACCGGGAACGUGAUAGAAGCAGGUCACACUCUCCUAUUAGACAUGGUUCCAAGAGGUCCAGGAGUCCAGUUCGCAAGUAUUAGAAGAUUAUAAACGUAGAUGUCUGAACUUUGAAAUUUGAAGAGCUCUUUUGAGACUAUAUCAUCUCCCUAUCAUCAAUAUAAUUAGAGAAGGGUCGAGGUAGGUAUAACUUCAUUGCCGUAACUCUUUAAUGAUCUAUUUUGGUUUAACGUAUUCAGAGGAUUUGAUCCCUGCUCAUCUGGGGUCACCAAUUCUAUGAAGUUAAAAAACAGAUUCAUUAGUUAUGCAUGGAUACUGCUGCUAGAGGGAGAUCCUUGCAUGGUUAUUCCUUAAAUGAGGUAACAACUUUUAUUAGUUGCGGAUUGCCGAAUGACUUGUUGACCAUCGUUGGUUUGGUUCCUUUAUCUUUUGGUCAUUCAGAUGAUAAAACAGAAGUUCUUUUCAUUUGGUUAUUCAGAUGGCUCAGAGCAAUUUAGUGCUAAUUGUUAUUGCAUAUUUGGCGUCAUUGAGGUCAUGAAUAUGAAAGACUCCAUGUAACUUGUCUAUCAAGUAUCCUCCAAGCUCAGAUAGGUAACCUCUAUCCUGACAUACUUACCAUCCCUCUACCUUCUUGUGUGGAGCUAAAUUCAUGCAGGCAGCAUUUUGGACAUAAGGCGGCUAAUGAGUCUAAUGCGCAAUCAACAACUGAUCAUUGAAUAGAUAAUAUAGUUGAGAAUAUUAAACAAGUGCUUAUUGUCCACUUGGAUUAGUGCGUGCAGGCUUUGGCAUCAUGUAUAGGUAUCUAUCACUUUCUUAGACUUUUCCUCUUAAAGUAUACAUAAUAGAUUCCCUUCUGCAAUUUAUUCAUUGCAAGGGGGUGCGAAUUUUCAGCUCUGCCAAAGUUCUAGAUUCUGUGGGUGAAAUUAUGGCAAAUAUAGCUUAUACUAGUUGGGCUAAGGCCCGUGCUCCCGGUAUUAUGAUUGUAAUGGUGGCCAGGCAUUGAAUAGCAUUUUGCAAGCUCUCUCUUUAGGGGAGCAAAAGUUAAAAAAUCCGACUUCCACUGUAAUGAAGAACAGAUGAUAUAGUAUCCAUAAUGACUUUUCAGUAUCUCCAUUGGAGUCCUUCAACAAGAAUUACUGAGAUCUAGCAUGAAGUUGAGCAUCAUGUUCCUCCACUCUGUAGGUAUUAGUGAAAUUUCUUGGAGUUCUGGCUAGAAAGCAAUUUGUUGAAGGAUUUCAGAGAAAAAGUUUACUUUAAAAUCUUCCCA